AUGCCUUCCAUGGCACCGUACAAAAAUGACAUGAAUAGCGUCCUUCAACAAAUUGUGACUUCAUCGUCAGAUGCAGAUACACUUGACCAGCUGAUCCCCUACAUCAAGGAUUACAGCUAUGGAAACAAAACAUCACAUCUGCUUGGACAGCUAUCAGACCUGGCAGCGGCCAGGGAGGCCGAAAUCGAAAGGCAAUGUAACACGAACCACCAAGAAUUCGUGAAAUCUGUCAACCAGUUGCUUCGUAUUCGCGAAGGAACAGUGACUUUGACGAAUGAGAUCCUGGAGCUGAACCAGUCCAUCCAAGCAAGUACAGAAAAACUGGUUGAGCAGAAGAAAGCUCUGGUGGAAUCUCGAGGUGUUAGGCAGAACAUCGAUGAGGCUAACCAUGCUUUACAAGAUUGCCUAGAAGUCCUUCGACUAGCGAAUCAAGUCCAAGAGCUUCGCGAUCAGAAGAAGCACUAUGCUGCUCUGAGGGCUUUAGACGAACUUCAAAGUGUUCACCUACAAAGCGUGACGCAGUAUCAGCUGAGCGAAAUCAUUCAAUCAUCCGUUCCGGCAACACAGAAAUCCAUCGCCGAAGCCGUCAUGGCUGAUCUGAACACCUGGCUAUUUCGCGUCCGUGAGAUGUCUCAGUACCUGGGUGAACUGUCCUUCUACCAUACGGAUCUGCGUCAGAAGAGACAGAAGGAGAGAGCCGAGAAGAACCAGUAUCUAGCCAAUUUUAGAUUGAACUCAGCCAUCGAACUUGUAGCCGACGAACGUGAGGAGCUGAAUUUGCUCAAGAGCGAGGACCUCGAAGUUGAUUUUACACCGCUAUUCGAGGCACUACACAUCCACAGAUCCUUAGGUCAAAUGGACAAGUUCAAGGCAGAUUACGGCGCCAGCCGAAAGGCGCAGCGAGAUUUGUUGCUACAAAACUCAAUAUCUCUCGUAGAUGAAGAGAUGGGUGACCUACACUCCUUGCUAGAAGACAUCGCAGGGUUUGCGAUCAUGGAGAGAGCAACAAUGAAGAAGGUGCCUGAUCUUCGGUCAACUACAGACGUCGAGGAAAACUGGGACUCGCUGUGCCAAACAGCAAUCAGUCUGAUGUCGAAAGCAUUGAGCGCAGUCGAUAAUGCGGAACACCUGCUGAAGAUCAAGAACUUGCUGUCCCUGUUCAUCCAGACGAUGAACUCAUUCAAUUUCAACACGAGCGCGAUGUCGAAGUUCGUCUUGGUCCUGUUCGACAGCUACGCGGAGCUCCUCGAGCAGCGAUUCAGCGAAGACUUCAUCGAGAUCGUGUCGACCGACGACUACAUGCCGAUGCCGAUCCAGAACGCCGAGGAGUUCGAAAAGGUCGUCAACGUCUCGUGGUACAUGCCGGACCGGCCGGUGCAGGAGAUGGCCUUCCCGACCGUCUUUCCCUUCUCGCAAAUGUACCCGCUCUGCUGCAUCGAUAUCCGAAACUUCCUAAACCAAUUCUACUUCUUCAACUCACAGGACGACGCGCCGGGACCGUUGUCCGCCAAAAUCGAUGCACAGCUCCUCACAUCUCUGGACGACCUUUUAACCACCAAAGUCUGCGCAAGCCUAGUCUCGAAGCUCUCGUCGCAAUACCUGGGCCAAAUCGUGCAGAUCCUCAUUAACCUCUCCCACUUCACGACGGCGUGCCACGAGCUCGAGUCUCUCCUCUCCACCGCCCGCGCCUCCUCCCUCACGCCCGGCCCAGCCGUGUCCCUGCGCGCGACCUCCCAAUUCUCCACCCACCAAAAGACGGCCGAGAACCGCAUCUUCGAGCUUGUGAACAGCAAGGUGUCCGACCUGAUCGAGACGGCAGAGUACGACUGGCUCAGCCGGGUACCACCGUCCGAGCCCUCCAACUACAUCCUCACCCUGACCCGCUACCUCGCCAACAUCAUCAACUCGGUGCUCCUCUCGCUCCCCUCCUCCCUGAAAGACCUCAUGCUCUUCAACGCGAUCUCGCACACUGCCUCCUCCAUCCUCUCCCUCCCAUUGAACCCCUCAGUCGAGCGCAUCACGACCACCUCCAUCUCCCAGCUCUCGAUGGACAUCUCGCACUUCCGCUCCUACGUGGAGACGCUCCCCAACAACUCGAUUCUACUCGAGUCGCUCGACGAGCUCGUCCAGACCGUCGCCCUCAUGUCCACCGACCAGCCGGACGAGUUCUACGACAUUUCGCUUCGUAAUAAGAAAUACCGCAACGUCGACCCGCUGAAGGGUCCGCAGCUGUUGGAGAAAGUCGUGCAUGUUGAUGUGCGGAGCCCGACACUGAGUGAUCGCGGAAGCAGUGGUGGAACCCAGAGCCCGGCCCUGAGCCACCAUGCCAGCACGGGGAGUAGAGCUCCCGGCAAUACGUUUGCGGCGCUGCAGAACCGCUUCAUGCACAGUGGAAGGUGA